UAGUGUUAGAUGGUAGGGUAUUUGUUUAUUUAUUUUUUCAAGAAAAGUACAAGGGAGUUGUACUCGAGUCUAGUAGGUGGCAGUAAUGCACGUUUAUUGGAUGCCAACCGCCGUUAAACCUAAUCGAAGAAGAAGUAGCAGCUAGGCUUCAGGGAAUCCAUACGUUUCCUAGUGAAGGAGGUGAUUUCACAUCAAAAUGAUGACAUUUCUUCCUAAACUGCUUUUGCUAGUAUUACUAGCUUUCCCGGCAACGAUUAUCAUGAAAGGGCCAUUGGUGGCAGCCCAGGAUGCUACUGAGGAUGAGGAGGCAGCUGAUGAAGAUGCUGUGGAGGAUGUUGAUGUGAACGAUGAAGAUGACGAGGCCGAAGUUGAAGAUGAUGAAAAUACGGAAUUGACGGAAGAAAAAGAGGAAGAGGAGGAGGAAGCCGUAGGAGGAGAUGUGAAAGCCUCCCCCAAUGCUGACACCACCAUCCUCUUCGUCAAGGGAGAUGACUUCCCAGCCAACGACAUUGUGAAGUUCCUGAUGGGCUUUACCAACAAAGGCAGCGACAACUUUGUGGUGGAGUCGCUGGACGCAUCCUUCCGCUACCCGCAGGACUUCCAGUUUUACAUCCAGAACUUCACAGCCCUGCAGCUGGGCGUAGUGGUGCCUGCCGGGCGCCAGGCCACGUUUGAGUACUCUUUCAUCCCCGCCGAGCCCAUGGGCGGGCGCCCCUUCGGCCUGGUUAUCAACCUCAACUACAAGGACAGUAACGGUAACUUGUUCCAGGAUGCUGUGUUCAACCAGACCGUGACCAUCACCGAGAGAGAGGACGCACUGGACGGAGAGACGAUCUUCAUGUAUGUGUUCCUGUCUGGAUUGGGUCUGCUGGUGGUGGUAGGCCUUCAUCAGCUGCUAGAGUCCAGAAAGAGGAGGCGGCCAGCUGCCAAGGUGGAGAUGGGCACUUCUAGCCACAACGAUGUGGACAUGAGCUGGAUUCCCCAGGAGACCCUUAACCAGAUCAUGCAGAGUCGGCGAGACAAGGCUUCCCCCAGACGAUCUCCCCGCAAGCGGACACAGAAGCGCUCUGCUGGUUCGGACGAGUGAUGGGCCCCCACUGCCCAGUUCUGCCAGUCGCACCUGACGCAGCCGAGGAGAGGCAACAGCCUUCUCUCACCACAGAAUCUCUUCACAAGAGGCCGGUUUCUACCGCUAAACUAGACGAUAAAUACCAAACGGACCCAUUUAGUUUUUUGUCAAGGCGUUAUUAUCACAGGUAUUAAACGAUAGUGGGGGAUGAUACACUUCAUGGUUUUUUCUUUUAGGUAAUUUUUUUGGUUGCGACUGCCUUUCCUUUUUUGACCUGUGGAUACCUUUUUGAGGCAGAAUAGUGAUUGUUGUUUUUGGUAUCCCGGAGAGCCGUGAUUACACACACCUUGUCUGUAAAAACAUAUAUAUAUUUAUAUGUUUUGCACUGGUUAAUAUCUACACAUUUGUGUUUCUGUCACAUUAUUCUCCUCUGCUGCUUCGUGGCACAGAGGAUGGCCAGCUUCGAAUCUUGUCAUUUGAAGUGCACUGCAAUGUUUGGCCAUCUUUCACAGCUUGGAUGAUUCGGUGAAGACAUGAGGACAUGGUAAACGGGCUUCUUUUGUCCUCAAUGUGCCUGUAAAAAAACAUGUUUUGUGUCAUUUACUGUAGAUUUGCAUUCUUUAUAUUCCAAGGCUCGAUUUAUUUCAUCUACGCCUAUGAAUUCAGUAUUUAAUUUUAAAUCUGAGGAUCUGAAUAAAGCACUGGUGUGUGUAUGUUUACUGAUGAGUGCCCUGCAAUGCUAAUUUAGUUUCCUGACUUGUCUGGGAUAAUUACUUGUGUGUUUUACAGGCACAGUACAUUCACUACUGUACCACAAGGCCCCCCAUUUCAUAAACUUCUGAGAGGGGCUUUGGACUAACUGUUCGGCACUGACUGUCAAGGACUGUCAAAUUUGUGAAAACAAAUGUUUGCUAUUAAAUCUUCCACUCCCCCUCCCCCAA